AUGUCGAAUCCCUUCACCACAAGAAUGGUUGGAUGCACUCUCACACACCAGAUCUGGAAAAGGCUGGAAGAUCACUUUGCAUCUCAGAUCAAGGCCAAAGUGAUGCAGCUGAAGAACAAGUUGAGCACGAUCCAGAUAGGUACGUCAGUCACUGAGUAUGUUCUGUCGAUAAAGAGUACUAUUGAUGCGUUAGCCUCUGUUGGUGAACCAAUAAAGGAGAGUGAUCAUGUUAAUGCAAUCUUACAUGGUUUGACUGAAGAAUAUGGAAAUGUCAUGACCUCUGUGUUAGCAAUAUCCACUAGCAUAACAGUAGGAGAGUUGGAAGCACUGUUACUAGCUCAUGAGAGCAUGUUAGCAAGGUUUAGAAAAUCUGAAACCCUUAUGCAAGUAAACAUAGCUCAACACUCACAGUACACACAAGCUCAGUCCUAUUCUCAGAACUUUGGAGGUAGAGAAAAUUUUAGAGGUAACUCUCGUGGCAGAACAGGAAGAAUGUCUCGAGGAGGCAGAAGAACAAUGCAAGGAGAUGGCAGGCCACAAUGUCAGGUCUGUGAUAAAAUAGGACACACAGCCAAAUUCUGCUGGUACAGAUAUGACAAAGAACAGUAUGAAGAUACCUACAAUAACAAUAAUCAGAUCACUCAGCCAAAGACAAACUAUAGCAAUGUGAUAACAACUCCUUCAACUGUGCAAGAUCCAAACUGGUACCCGGAUUCAGGAGCUACACAUCAUGUCACUCAUGAUGUACAGAACCUGGUGGAGAAGGCAGAAUACACAGGGAAUGAGCAAGUUGUCAUAGGAGAUGGUUCAGGUUUACAUAUUCAUCAUGUUGGAAAAAUGUGCUUUAACACUGAUUUGAGUUCUAAAUUGCUGCUUCUAACAAAACUGCUUCAUGAAAGUAAAGAACUCCUCCUUCAAGGGAGUGUUGAUAGAGGCUUGUAUAAGUUUGGGGACAUCACUACUGCACACACACCCUCAGUCUACAUCUCUUCACUAACACAGUCAAAUAAAUUUCUGAUUUGGCAUGCAAGAUUAGGUCAUGCAAAUCCAAGUGUAGUGUCAAAAAUAUUUGGGGACCUGCACCCCUGCCAGAUAGCAGUAAAAACUGGUACUUUGUGA